AUGGAUGUAUUAUCGGUCAUUUUUUGGCUGAAAAUGGUAAAUUCGCGGCUUAUUCUACUAGUUUUUGUCCCAUUUUCCUUGGCACAAUUGAGCUUGUAUGGAAAUUGGACCCCAACUGUCAUUCGUUACUGUGAGACGCUCCAAUCAGCUACAGUACCCCUGACUGGAGGUGUCACUUGUGGAUCUUCGUCGUAUAAUGUGAUGAAUGCUUUUUUCACACUUCCAAUCAGUUCUACACUUUCACUUGGACUUAUCAAUGUCGGAUGGAUCACCUCGGAAGCUCUAAAAUCUCAAUCCGGAUUCUGGAAGACAUGCAAGCCAUAUUUGGUUCGACUUUUUGAUGGGAUAUAUACGGAUACUACAAAUGCCUGUGCACUGAUGAACAAUCCUCCGUCAGGCCUUCCAAAUUGCACAGAGGACCAGACUAACCUUCUAUACCGUAGUGGAAGUGGUUACUGUAUGAAAGAAAAAGUUUGUGGAGCAUUUGCCACAAUUGACUUCCUGGCGGGACCUGAUAAUUCUUCCCUGCUCUACUCAUGGUCUACAGUCACUACAAAUGCCCUAGUGGCUUCUGGUUUCAAAAAAGCUGGAGUCUGUUAUGGAUACAAGAAAGUGCCGAACCCAGGGAAAAACGACACGACUAUGGUCGAGGGAGAUGAACAGUUUUAUUGAUUUUUGUGUUGUCUG